GUCGUCGUCGUCGUCGUUGCUCGAGCCGGCGUCGUUCCAUCGCAGUUCCCAAGAAUCUGUCGAACCGAUCUGUACCUCCGAGAAUACGUUCAAACGGGCACUUAAAUUUCGGGGGGGUUGGUUUCUCGCGUACCGUCGCGAUGAGUCGGUGUUUCGUUGAAUGUUUCGCAGGACGAACGAGUCGAUCGGUGGUACAUUUGACAAAAUCAGUGCGAAAAGUUUGGUAAUAGUUGGAACAGUUGGACUGUUGGACUGUGCACGAGUGAAAUUGGACCAAGAGUGAAAUUAGUUAUAACUAGGUCUUGUAACUAGUAUAUUGCCUUUUAUAUAACGAGGAAUGUUCGUUGAUACACCAUGAACGGAGCAACGCCGGUCACUACUUCGGAGGAACACCAGCAUCAGCAUCAGCAACCGCAGAAUGAACCACCCCCGGAGCAUCCGAGAAGUCCUACCAGCCCUUUGAGCAUUCGACAUGACUCGGGCGAGAGCAGCGUCAUCUCGCCAGGAUUACCGGAGCGGUACAGUCCUUUGGGAGCGACAGGAUCGACCUCGAGUCACGAUCCUUAUGCCUCGAGGUCUGUCCAAGAAUGUCCGGUUCCACUUUGCAGAGGAAUACCUACGGAUUUCCCGCUCGCGAGAUCACCGUAUUUAACCGCUUUGGGAAACGGGCAUCCUCACUUGUUGGGACAAGUUCAACAGCAACAACAACAGCAGCAACAGCAACAGCAACAGCAACAGCAGCAACAACUGCAACCGCAACAUGGCAGCAAACCACCGCGCAGCCUCGGCUUGAUAUGCGUGGUCUGCGGGGACACCAGCUCUGGGAAACAUUACGGAAUUCUCGCUUGCAACGGAUGUAGCGGUUUCUUCAAAAGAAGCGUCAGACGGAAGCUGAUAUACAGAUGUCAAGCCGGUACCGGAAGAUGUGUCGUGGACAAAGCUCACCGAAAUCAGUGUCAGGCGUGCCGUUUGAAGAAGUGCAUGCAGAUGGGAAUGAAUAAGGACGUGACUGGACAACGCGCGCUGGCUAACUCGAGGCUCAAAAGGCGACGUUUAUUAUACUGUGAACUUGUGUCAUCUGAAAUUCAGAUCCGUGUUUUGACGUUUGUAGCGGUACAGAAUGAACGGCAACCGAGAAACACUGCCACUAUUAGACCAGAGGCUCUCGUCGAGAUGGACCAGGAACGCGCGCUUCGUGAGGCAGCAGUCGCCGUCGGUGUAUUUGGACCACCUGUGUCUCUAGCCAUGGCGAGAUACACGACACCAUUGCCUUUACCCACCGUUGCGCCGACGACAAAUUCGACGAAUCCUCCAACGCCACCGCGGCAAGAUAACGAUGACGGGAACGCAUCUGAGGAUAGUAUAGACGUAACAAACGAGGAGCCACUGACACCCCAAAGGAGCGGUUGCACGCAAAUUCCACCUGUGAUUCCCUCGUUGUACUCGCCUGCUAGUGCCGAAACGGUCUACGAAACCAGUGCUAGGUUGCUCUUCAUGGCUGUAAAGUGGGCCAAGAAUCUUCCGUCUUUCGCGAGUUUGCCUUUCAGAGAUCAGGUGAUACUUUUAGAAGAGGCCUGGUCGGAACUUUUCCUUCUGAACGCGGUCCAGUGGUGCCUUCCACUCGAAUCGUCGCCUCUCUUCAACUCCGCCGAACUGACUGCCUUGACUCUGUCGCCGCAUCCGCACCCCCAUUCCGGAAUUCAUAUGCAAACCACGACAGGCAAGCCGAGUCAGGUGGCAGCAGAUGUGAGACACUUGCACGACACCUUGCAGAGAUAUAAGGCUGUCAUGGUUGAUCCUGCUGAAUUUGCCUGCAUGAAAGCCAUUGUACUAUUUCGGCCAGAGACCCGUGGCUUGAAAGACUCCAGCCAGAUAGAGAAUCUGCAGGACCAAGCACAGGUGAUGUUAGGUCAGCACGCCAGAGCGCAACAACCGGGAAGUCCGGCGAGAUUCGGCAGAUUAUUGUUGUUACUACCGUUGCUGAGGACAGUGCCAGCUUCGAGGGUGGAACUGAUAUACUUUCACAGAACGAUCGGCAAUACUCCGAUGGAGAAAGUCUUGUGCGACAUUUCUUCACUUGGAAUUACUAUCGAGUCGAAACGAGGACUUUCGUGUAACCUCGAGAUUCUCGAGGUUCAGUGCCACGUUGAAAUCUGCAAGACAAGUGAAAUUCCACCGAUCUCGUGCUAUCGAAAGUCAUCUCUUGCAAGACGUUCGAUUCUGUCGCGCAUUUCAUUUAAACGAGACCGCUGUCGAACCUCGAGGAAUGGAAAGAAAAUAUGCGAAACAUUCGACCGUGAGAAUGAACGUAUCGAAUAUAUGAAUUCGAUCGAAAUUCUUUUGUUAGUAUUGUCUCUUCAAAUACAGUGUACAAAGGAGCACCAAAGACCUUUCGUCGCAAAAAUUUGGAGAAAGAAAGAGAAAGAAAAAAGAAAAGAAAAGAGACUAGGGAAUAAAAAUAAGCAAUUGAACCGACCAAGUAAUCGAGAACGAUCGAUCGAAGAUAAUUACACCGUUUUACAUUGUGUGUAA